AUGUUUCGCGGUGCUGUGGGAACGGCGGGUAGGCAGUGGCGCUCUGAGCGUCGCUUGGCUGCGCUUGUCACCGCCACGAGCAGGAACCCCACGCAGAAGUGGACUCACCAUGUCGCUAAAGCCAGUCUGGCGCGUCAGAGGGAGUUGAGGACACGCGAAGAGGAAGCACGUGGGCGGAAGCGCACUUCUUCCAAGCGUAAGGAUAACCGAAUGACAGCGGCAGAUAUUGAAUUUCUGCGGUCCCAACAGGAUAAGGCACUUGCUGACGAUGAUACUCGCACAGGUGCAUCCAUGCGGUCUGUUGGUGCCGCGCCACCCCACCGUCCGUCUUCUUCGCGGCAUGUGAGCUACGACAGAGUUGAUUCGAAUACCGGGAACAGCGUUAUUCAGCAGCGCUUUGAUUCACUAGUGCAUGAUGCGAUUUUAAAGUACGGUCCGCCACUUCCGGUCGAAUUUGUUGUGGAAAACGAUGUUUUUACGCCCUCGAGCGCGAGGGAGAAGAUGAAUAUGUCUUCUUCUUGUGCGAAUGAAGGGGACCCUGACGCAUCUUACUUCUACGAUGAGGUGCAUGUGCGGUCACAGGAGUUGUUUGAGAUGCUUCGACGGGUCGACUCCUCAUUCAGUGUUCGUACGCAUGCUGAUGGCGUCCCCUUCUCACUGCUCAUUAAGAACUGCCAGUACUUCCGGGUGUGGGGCGGACGGGUGCAUUUUAUGCGUUGCCUUAAGCGCGUUCCGUUACGUGCGCGCGACGAGGACACUGAGGCUGAGCGAAUGGGGCAUGAGAAACUAACGGUGUCCCUCGGUAAGUACAAGAUGCGAGAGCCUUCGUCAUUUGAUGGCCUUCGGCAAGGGCCUCAGCCGUGGCUGCACAGUUAUCGAAUGAUGUGA